UAGUGCUUCGUGCAUCUUCGUUACACUUCGUGAGCUCGCACAGGGGUCUGGUUCAGCCUUGUCGAGCCCGAAGUCCUUCGAGUAGAAAAUAAACGUGCCCGCCUCUAUACCUACAUCCAAUUACAAUCGUGGGGCGGGGUGUUAACUACCUAUGACGUAGCAUCCGGCGCGACGACGAACACAGUAACAACAACAAUGGCGGCGUGCGUGGAAGAGCAUGGAUUCAGCUUCGAUUCGGCAGUUUCGAGAGUGUUAUCUAAACUACCACACAUUAAAUCUUUAAAAGAGGAGCAGAAAACGGCUUUGAAGGAAUUUGUUGGUGGGAAGGACAUUCUCGCCCUCCUUCCGACCGGGUAUGGAAAGAGUUUAAUCUACCAAAUUGCCCCGCUGGUAGUACAGGAGAUGGGACGACAACAGGAGCCCAUUAUUGCAGUGGUGUCUCCUCUCAUUGCUCUGAUUCAAGAUCAAAUCCGCGAGGCAGAACGUUUGGGAGUUUCGGCUGCGCAGCUCGGAGGAGAGAACGACAGCGAUAUCCUGAACGGACAUUUUCAACUUGUAUUCGGCAGCCCCGAGUCCUGGUUGAAAGAGAAAUGGCUGACCAUGUUGGGCUCAACAGUUUACCGGACGAACCUAGUCGGGAUUGUGGUCGACGAGGUCCAUGUCACCUAUAAAUGGGGUCAAGGUGCGAAAGGAAAUCCAGCCUUCAGAGAGUGCUUUUCUCGCCUGGGAGAACUCCGGUCAGUUGUGAAAGAAGGCACGCCUGUCAUGGCCUUGACAGCAUCAGCUGAAACUGCCAACAGAGACCGUGUCUCCCGUCUGCUACACAUGCACAAUGCCACUCGGAUAACUGUGAGCCCAAACAGAGACAACAUCAGACUUGGACUUAAGCAUGUUCCCAAAGACGACCUUGAGUGCAUGGACUGGGUGGUGACUGAGGUCAGAGAGAAGGGGCUGUUUAUGUCUCCGAUCAUCAUUUACUGCACAUCACUGAAGGCAGUUGGAAGAGUGUUCUGCCGUCUGAAAGCUGAACUUGGGGAUGAUGCAUGGGUGGACCGAGAUCCUGAGCACAAGGCUGAAAAUCUGCUGAUUGGAAUGUACCACAGCAAAACAUUACCACAGUACAAAGCCAGAGUGCUUGCGUCCUUCACUGGUGAGGGUAGCUGCAGGGUUGUUGUGGCUACAACUGCUUUGGGGAUGGGUCUUAACUUCCCUAACGUGUCCCACGUUGUCAUGUACGGAGCACCAGAGGACGUGGAAGCCAUUGUGCAGCAGGUUGGGAGGGCUGGGAGAAACUCUCUACCAUCACAUGCAGUGUUGUAUGCCAUAAAAGGAACACCCAGGGUAGACAAGACAGUAAGUGCAGUGAUUAAGGCUGGGGCACAGGGCUGUUUUAGGAAAGCCCUGUUUGCACACUUUGACACACACGCAACAAGUUUGGAGCCAGGUCAUUUGUGUUGUUCCUUCUGCCAGUCCAUUUGUGCGUGUUCAUCUGGUGUUUGUGUUGAGCCUGCUCCAAAAUGUGACUCUGUACAACAUCAUGUGCCCACUACCCCACCAAGAUCAAGAGAAGUGACAGAUGAGGACAGGGAUAUUAUCAGGGACUGCUUACAGAAGUACAUGCAUACUCUAGUACCUGACAUGCCACUAGUCACAAACACGACUGUCUGCUCAGGGUUUGGGAUGGAGCUUAUCGAUGCAGCUGUGCACCACAGUCCUUACAUCUUCGAUCUUAGUUACAUAACAAACAACCUACCAGUAUUUAGGGUACGACAUGCUCAAGAAAUUCUACUGGUUAUGAGUGAGGUGUUUUGUGACUUUGACUAUUCCGAGCCAACUCUUCCUGAUGACAGUUUUUUGGAACCAGAUAUUGAUUUUGCUGGCUAUUUUGAUACACCUGAUGAGGAGUUUGAAAUUGAUCAACACAGCAGUAGUUCAGACUCAAACUAGCAUCUGCCCUACACUGGGAGAAAGGUAGCAGAUCAUUUUUGUCACAAUGUCUUUGCAAAUGUAAAUAAUGAUGUACA